AUGGGGAUUCCGGUAGUGCUGUUAGGGAUGCUGAGCUUCCUGGGAGUGGCUGGGGGGGUCUCUUCUGCCCUCCGCUGGGACAGCACCUCCUGCCACUUGGUCAGGCCCACCCCCGGCAGCCCCUUGGGGACACUGAGCUUCCUGGGAAAGGAUGCCCAAGGACUGGCCCUGUUCCAGGCCCACUGGGACAGGCACGGGAGGCUGCAAGCGUGUAGCUGGCGAGACGAGCCAGAGCUCACCGCAGCCUUCAGUGCCCUCUGUGCUGGUGAGAUCACCCGGGGCUCCUUCAUCCACACUCCUGGACCCGAGCUGCAGAGAGCCCUGGCCACACUUCAGAGUCAGGGGGGCGCCUGCCGAGGGCCUGAAGAGGGUCCAGCAGGGGCUAGGGAGAAGCGAGCAGCAGGGACCAGGGAGGAGCAAGCAGGACACAGCAGAGCACCUGGCAGCAGAAGACCCCAGCGGGUGAAGAGAGGCUGGACCAUGCCUGGCACGCUGUGGUGUGGAGUAGGGGAUUCUGCUGGGAGCUCCUCGGAGCUGGGGGUCUUCCAAGGCCCUGAUCUCUGCUGCCGGGAACACGACCAUUGCCCACAGAACAUCUCGCCCUUCCAGUACAACUAUGGCAUCCGAAACUACCGAUUCCACACCAUCUCCCACUGUGACUGUGAUGCCAGGUUCCAGCAAUGCCUGCAGAACCAGCAGGACUCCAUCUCGGACAUCGUGGGUGUGGCCUUCUUCAAUGUGCUGGAGAUCCCCUGCUUCGAGCUGGAGGAACAGGAGGCCUGUGUGGCGUGGUACUGGUGGGGAGGGUGUAGAACAUAUGGCUCCAUACCCCUUGCCCGCCUCCAGUCCAGGAGGACCUUCUACAAUGCCUCCUGGAGCUCCCUGGCCACCCCUGUGACUCCCAGCCUCCAGAGCCCAGCCCCCAGCAGGCCUCCGCAGAAGCAACGUUCUCAGAAGCGGCCGCCACAAUGGAAAGGGUCUAAGCACCCCCACAAAACCAACACCACAGCCAUCCAUGUCCCCGUGGCCUCCACCAAACCUGAUAUGUCCCCCACAGCCUGGCUGGAGGUCACCCAUCCAGGCUUCCAGGGGCCACAGAAUGGCCUAAAACCUCAGGAUGCCCGCUGGGCCUGCCGCGGCUUGCGCCGUCUGGAUCAAUGCAAGCAGCAGAUUGGGCCUCAGGAAACCAAGUUCCAACUGCUCAAUAGUGCCCAUGAGCCCCUCUUCCACUGCAACUGCACACGUCGUCUGGCACGCUUCCUGAGGCUCCAGAGCCCAGCUGCGGGCACCAACAUGCUUUGGGAGCUGCUAGGCAUGACCUGCUUCAAGCUGGCCCCUCCACUGGACUGUGCUGAGGGCAAAAGCUGUUCCAGAGACCCUAGGGCCAUCAAGGUGACAGCCGGGCAUUUGCGGCGACUUCAAAAGAGCCGACGCCGGCUCUGGGGUGUGGGCACAGGUGAGGGGCAGGUGUGGCCUUCAGAUCACCCAAGAGCCACCAUGUCAUUCUAUGACCGCUGCCUGCAGCUGACCCAGGCAGCCCGGAGACCCAUAGGGCAGCAGAAAUCCUAGAACGGAAUGAUCUCAGUUCCAGCUCUCCUGGGCACCAGACUGGACACUGCCCCUAGCUCUGCUAGGCCCCAGGGGGUCUUGGCUUCCUCUCCAUGUGUUAGACUGAAGCAUGGCUCGGGCCCCUGUGGACAGCCAGGCGGCAACGAGAGUCAAGGCUAAAAUGCUGGACCACGUCUCCUGCUGUGCUGAGUGAUCUCGAGCUGGUGAUACAACCCCUCUGUGCUUGGAUGUGGUGUUCAGGAGGCGCAUUCUGAUGCCCUGGGCUUGGGCCUUGCCAGAUGGGAAUGGGGAAAGGGUAACUUUUAUUACAGCAGCCUCAGGAGGUACCAGGAGGAGGUACACGUAUCUCCAGGUUGCAAAAUGAACACAUAUCUCAAAAGCCUGUCCAAGGAGCCCCAAGCACCUACUUGCUGAGGCCUGAGGCAGCAGGUGGGGAAUGGGAUGUCACAGAAGCGCCUGUAUCUGAAUCCAGGAAAGGGGAGGGUGCUAGGGGGUGCUUCCCAACUCUUCCCUGGGGGAUCCCUUCUCAACAGCUGCUGUGCCCUUCCUGGCCCAGCCCUGGACCAUUUUUUACUACCCUAAACCCAAAUUCAAAUCUCUUCUGUGUCCUUGAACGAGGGACCUUCCCCACUCUGGGCCUUAGUAACUCCUCUGAAAAGGGGCAGUGUGACCAGGACCUACCUCAUAGGAUUGUUGAGGAUUAAGUAAACCAAUACAUGGAGAAUGCUUAGCACCUAGUAAAUGUUCUCUCCCUCUAACAUAUAGCCAGACUGUGGUUAGGCAUCUGAUUCUGAGAGGUUCACCUCCUGGAGGCCUCAGUUUGCCCACCUGUGAAAUAGGUCUAAGAAUUGCACUGAACACACCGCAACUCAGGGUUGUGGUGCAGAUUAAAAGA